AUGGCGGGGCGGGCACCGGGACCGGGACCACCGUCACCUUCAGGGGGGGUGAGGGGGUGUCUUUGCCCCCGUUGGGGGGGUGUCACUGCGCUGUCCCCAGAGCUGAAGCAGGCCUUCCGGGAGUUCGACAAGGACCGUGAUGGCUACAUCAGCUACAAGGACCUGGGCGAGUGCAUGAGGACCAUGGGCUACAUGCCCACCGAGAUGGAGCUCAUCGAGCUGUCCCAGCAGAUCACUGGGGGGAAGGUGGAUUUUGACGACUUCGUGGAGCUGAUGGGCCCCAAGAUGUUGGCGGAGACGGCGGACAUGAUCGGGAUCAAGGAGCUGCGUGAUGCUUUCCGUGAGUUUGACACCAACGGGGACGGGCAGAUCAGCAUGGCGGAGCUGCGGGAGGCCAUGCGCAAGCUGCUGGGGCAGCAGCUCAACUACCGGGAGGUGGACGAGAUCCUCAAGGACGUGGAUCUCAACGGGGACGGCCUGGUGGACUUCGGAGAGUUCGUGCGGAUGAUGUCGCGCUGAGGGCGGUGCGUGCCAAGAGGGGACCCGAGCCCCCCGCCGUGCCUUACCGAGAGGAGAGCCGGGGGGGGGCCCCCCCCCACGGAGGAGAGACGUCCAGCUCCUGGUGGCCUCGGUUUUGAAGGGGGGGGACACACACCGUACCGGCGCAACGCGGCGCCCCAGCCCGGGAUGAAGCCCUCGGAGGUGCUCAGACCAUCGGCCGCCCAGGUGUAGGGGCACGGGGGGCCGACGCCGAGCCCCUUUUGGGCGCAGACUCAGCCCCUAUCUCCUUCUCCUGUCCCCCAUCCCACCCCAAAACUCCCAACACACCGCUCCCCUGCCCUCCAGACUGGUCCCUCCAGCCUCCGUUCCCCGCCCCGUACCCAACGCCGAGCCCCUCCGGUGUCCCCCGUCACCGCAGCGUGAGCUCACACCUACCCCAGACCCUGCUCCGUCCCUCCGGUGGCAGGACAGACCCCGGGGGCUCCAGCUGGGACACCCUUGGGGAAAAGAAGACAGGAAUAAAGCGUUACCAUUCUC